AUGUAUGAAGAAUUGUCACGAAAUGAUCCACUUACUCAAACAUCACAGUUGACUAACAGUUCAUCAAAUAAAUAUACUCUCAAAUUAUGCAUCGUAAUUGUUCUCCUUAUAAUUUGGUCAGCUGCACAAGGAAUAAUUUCAUUUCACAUUGGAUCAAACUUUAAUUCACCAUGUUUAAUAGCAUUUGGUAUUUCUUCUUUCGCUCAAAUUGUUAUCAUCCUUUACAUUUAUCAUAAAAUCUUAACAGAACAUUACGAAAGAUCACGAAUUAAUAAUCUUAUAGAAGCGAUUGAAUUAUUUGAAAUUGAAAGUCACAUUAAUUCUCGUAAAAAAACGGAAAAAUUCAUUAUUAUAUUCGAUAUUAUCAUUUUUAUGAUAUUUGCAACAAUUACUACUUUUAUUGCGUUUUAUGUUAAAGAUCAAGAGAAAUAUCAUAAGAAACCGUUACCACCGGGAACGAUUCCUCCUUUAGAUGAUACAAAUGAUGAUGUACUACUACCUUUGCAACUUUUAGCAUUUAGUGUAUAUGUCUUACAUCCUUAUUUAAUUAUUAUUCCUUCUUUAUGGUAUUUAUCCAUUUCCAAGCAAUCUGAAGUGUUGAAAGAAGCAACUGUGUGGGCAGCGUUAUUCUUUUCUGUCGCUUAUCUAGUUUUCAUCAAUUGUCAAUUGGUUUUAUUUAUAGCUUGGAAAUUGCAAGAGGUAGUUUUUACGCUGAUUAUCGCAGUGAUGUUUGUGGUAUUUGCUGCUAAUUUUGGAUGGAUAUAUUGGUGGAGAGGGAAAAUUGAAGGCGAGAUUAGUUAUAGUAAUGAAAUUGAAGAUUUUGAAGAAGAAGAAUAA